AGAGAAAGAGGAAAGAGAGACAGAGGGAUAGAGAGAGAGGGAGGAGAAGAAAGGAGGGAACCAUGCGGAGGACAGGGGUAGGUGUCUGUGGCGGUGCAGGUGCAGUGUUCUCCCGCUCGGUAAUGGUAACUGGACCGGGGGAGUCGUUCUGCCUCCUAGUCCUUCUCCUACUAACGCUGACUCAGCUCCCGGUCGCUGACUCUGCACUCCGUUACCGGGUGGCCGAGGAGGGCCCCGCAGACGUCAAGAUCGGUAAUGUGGCCGCCGACCUCGGCCUGUCCGCGGGCACCGGCUCCGGGGAUGUCACAUUCGCCCUGGAGAGCGGCUCGGAGUUCUUCAAGAUUGAUAACGUUACCGGGGAGCUGACUACCGGGCAGCGGAGGAUUGACCGGGAGAAGCUGGCCCAGUGUCAGAUGAUCUUCGAUGAGAACGAGUGUUUCCUAGACUUCGAAGUGUCUGUGAUUGGUCCGCUCCAGAGCUGGGUGGAUCUCUUUGAGGGCCGCGUGGUCAUCACCGACAUCAACGACAACACUCCCUCGUUUCCGUCACCGGUGCUGACAUUAGCUGUCGAGGAGAACCGUCCAAUAGGAACGCUGUAUCUGUUACCGACAGCGACGGAUCGCGACUUCGGGCGCAACGGGAUUGAUCGUUAUGAGUUGAUUCAAGAUGGUAGCUCUUCCGGUUCGGCGGGUUCAGGGUCGGGGUCAGCCAGGAGAGCAGCCGGAGGGCCUAUGGGAAGAGCGGAUGGAACAGGAGGAGGAAACGGAGGAGGAGGAGGGGAUAGGAGGAGAGGAGCGGUGGAUAACAACGGAGGAGGAGGAGGUGCAGGAGGAGGAGGUGUGAGGAGCAGUGUGUUCGAGCUCCAGGUCGCCGACACGCCCGACGGUGAGAAACAACCACAGCUGAUCGUGAAAGGCCCCCUGGACCGUGAAGCACGCGACUCGUAUGAGCUGGUUCUACGGGUCCGGGACGGUGGGAACCCUCCUCGCUCCUCCCAGGCACUCCUCCGUGUCACCAUCACCGACGUCAACGACAACAGCCCGCGCUUCGAGAGAGCCAACUAUGAGGCCGAGAUGGCGGAGAACGCGCCUCCCGGAACCCCCGUCCUGCAGGUGCGUGCUUCGGACCGCGAUGUCGGCGUCAACGGGCAGGUGGAGUACGUCUUCGGCGCUGCCACGGAAUCUGUCCGCCGUCUUCUCCGACUGGACGAGGCUACCGGUUGGCUGAGCGUCCUCCACAGGAUCGACCGGGAGGAAGUGGCCCAGUUACGGUUCGUGGUCACGGCGAGGGAUCGCGGUCAGCCGCCGCGCACCGACCGGACGACCGUAGUCCUGGUGGUCCGGGAUGAGAACGACAACGUUCCGGUCGUGGAGAUACGGAAGAUCGGACGGAUCCUGGUGAGAGACGGAGUGGCGCUGGUACCGGAGAAUGUUCUGGUGGACACACCGGUGGCUCUGGUUCAGGUGUCAGACCGUGACCAGGGGGAGAACGGGGCGGUUACGUGCACGGUGGUCGGGGACGUACCGUUCACCCUGAAACCGGCGGGAGAAACGGGGCUCCUGCCGCUGCCCGCGGACGACGCCUUCGACAGAAACCGUAAGAAGUACUUCCUCCACACGUCUGCCCUGUUGGACUACGAGGCCACUAAAGAGUAUAGCGUGACCAUCGUGGCGGUCGACUCUGGUUCCCCCUCUCUCUCCAGCAACAGCUCUCUCAUGGUCAGGGUGGUCGACAUCAACGACCACCCUCCAACCUUCGCCCAGGCCGUGGUCGAGGUCCACUUCGCCGAGAACAACCAACCGGGAGAGCGUGUGGUCACCGUGGUUGCGGCGGACGCCGAUUCCGGCAAAAACGCAGAGAUCGCGUAUUCAUUGGAUACGUCCGUUAACGGCGUGUUCUAUAUUGAUGCUGAUAAUGGGGAUAUCCGGGCGACGGGGGUUCUGGACCGGGAGGUCAGGGAGAGGUACGAGUUCCAGGUGAUUGCCAGGGAUAAGGGAUCCCCCUCGCUGCAGGGGUCGGCCACGGUAGUAGUCAUGGUGACCGACCGCAACGACAACGCUCCGAAGUUCGUCCAGGAAGUGUUCACGUUCUACGUGAAGGAGAACCUCCUCGCCAACAGCCCCGUCGGCAUGGUAACGGUAACGGACGCGGAUGAGGGCGAGAACGCAGAGCUGAGUCUUUUCGUAGAGAUGGACGAAGACGAAGGAGAAGAGGGGGAUGGAGAGGUGGAGGGAGGAAGAGGGGAGAAGAACAAGGGGGUAGAAGAAACCUUCUCCAUAGAGAACAACACCGGGACGAUCUUCUCCUCCGUGUCCUUCGACCGGGAACGCCGCUCCACCUACACCUUCCGCGUCCGGGCCGUCGACGGUGGAGCUCCGCGUCGCUCUGCCACAGCGACAGUCUCCCUCAUCGUAACCGACGAGAACGACAACGCCCCCUCCGUGACCUCACCCACCAACGAAUCCUACACCCUCCUCCCCCCGGCCUCCUCCACGCGGACCAUCGUCAGAACCGUGGCCGCCUUGGACUCUGACUUUGGCCGCAAUGCUGACCUGCGCUUCUCCCUGGUAGGAGGGAACCCCUUCAGGCUGUUUGAGAUCGGCCUGGCCAGUGGAGUGAUCACCGUGGCGGAGCCCUUAGAGAGGAGACACAGGGGGCUGCAUCGCCUGGUGGUCAGGGUCAACGACAGCGGGGAACCGUCGCUCUGCGCCACCGCGCUGGUCCACGUCUUCAUCAACGAGAGUCUGGUCAACGCUACGCUGGUGGACGCACAGGUGGCUCGUAGUCUGGCCGCCCCUCUCUCCCUGGACAUCGCUGGCGACCCCGACAGCGAGCGAGCGUUGGGGAAACAGCGCCUCUCGGUAGCCAUCGGUGUCCUGGCGGGCGCCGCCGCAGUCAUCCUGGUCAUCCUCCUAGUGGUUAUGGCCCGCCAGUGCGGCGCCCAGGGCAAGAACGGAUACGAGGCCGGGAAGAAAGAACCAGAGGAGGACUUCUUUAGCCCUCAACCGGCCCUGCCAGUAACCAGGGGAGGAACGUUGGACCGCGGACGGAAGCCCCGCAGGGACAAACGGAACGGAGGUGCUGGAGGAGCCGGAGCCAGUAAUAAAACUGAACGGCCACUCUACAACGGCAUCGUCACGGUCAACGGGCUCCGUCGCAAUGGCAACGACCACCACAUCUCCAACAUCGACGACGACGACGAGGACGUGAGCAGCGCCAGCGAGAGGUUGGCGGCGAGGUACUGCGCGGUGGACGGAGACCCCGGGAGCCCACGCAUGGGCGCCAGGCAUCACCAGUCGAGCCCAGAUCUGGCCAGGCAUUAUAAGUCAAGCUCGCCGCUCCCCGCGGUACACCUCCAGCCCUACAGCCCCCCAGCCGAGGGGAAAAAGCACCAGGCCGUACAGGAGCUGCCCCCCUCUAACACCUUCGUGGGGUCUGGAGGGUCCAGUGGUAGUGGGGGGAGCAGUAGUGGUGGAAGUGGGAACGCUGAUGCCAUGUCUCUGGGGUCAGAUCAGUGUUCUGAGUAUGGAUGUCAGACGGGGAAUAAGUACAGCAAACAGGCGACCCUUCGUAGGGUGACGUUCUCCGUGGUCCCGGGGCCUCAGGACGGUUGUUGCUAUGACAGCGCUGUGGAGGACUCUGAGACCCCCAGCAGUAAGGGUUCAUCUGGACCCCGUCUGGGGGCGCUAACUCUCCCUGAGGAGGGGUACGAGAGGACCACACCUGAGGGGAGUGUAGGAGAGGAGGAACAUGUGGAGAACGAUGCCAGGCAGCUCCCAGACGUAGCCCUGACAGGGAAGUGCACUAGGGAGUGUGAUGAGUUCGGACACUCCGACACCUGUUGGAUGCCCGCCGCUGUCCGCCCGUCGCCUCGGCAACACCAGCGCCAGCGCCACGUCAGCGAGCCGCCCCGCCUGUCCACCUUCGCCUCCCCCGGCAAUGACAGCAACAAUAACCAUGACGACGAUGAUGAGGAAGAUAGUGACAGCGAGAGCGCCGGCAGCGCCGGGAGUUCCGAACCGGGUGUGGUCAGCGUGGGAGUCGGCGGAGGAGGUCAGAGGUUACCGUUAGCCAAUGGGGAUCCUCUCGGCAGCCUGGUGGGCGGAGACAGGAUGAACCGGAACAUGGGCGACCACAACCGGAACCUGCUCAACCGCAAGAUGACGUCGGCGUCGUACGACACGUUCAGCUCUGCCGGGUUCGGGAGACGCCAUCACGAGGAGGAUGGGGGGCGUCAGGGCAGGGUCAACCCUCCGGAGGUUAUACCAUUAACGAGGACCGGGGACUACAAGACCACGUCGUGCCUCACGCUCUCCCGUAGAGAGGUCUACCUUUAAGAGCAUGGGGGAUGGAUCACUCCACUGCUGCUGCACCCCUUUUCUGAUGGAAUGGAACAUUCCAUCCCUGUUUGUUCUGGUGAAAUGGAACAGUCCACUUCUAGACACUGGAAUGGAAUGGUCCAUUUCUGUUGUAGUUUUUGUUGAGAACUUUGACCAGCUGUGAAUAAUAAUAAUAAUAAUAACACCUUCAGAAUAGAGGACCGCUCUGUGGUUUUGGUUUGUUUUGUUAAGUUUGACCAGGAUACAGACACCACACAACUACAAAAACACAAAAGGACACUAGGACCUUAAACUCCAAGAAGAAAAGACUAUAAGGUGUGAUUAAAAAAGAGAAAUGGUGUUCAUUAACUGAACUCCUUGCCAAAAAAAAAAUUUUUUAAUCAAAUCUGAACUUUUGGAUGCUAAAUACAUCAUAUUUAUAUGGAUCGUGAGGAGGGAGAUGGAUCCAUGGAUUGCCUUUGGAAAAAAGAGAUAGCAGUUGCUGCUCUGGAGUCACGUACUGACUGACUUAAUUUAAUCGAAACUCUGGAUAGAAGUUUCUCUCAAACACAGAUCUAGGAUCAGUUUAUUCUUCCCUGAAUCCUAACCUGAAGUAUUACAGGGAGCAACUCAAUACUGAACUUAGAUCAGUGUCAAGUGUUAACUUAUUUUUUAAUUUUUUUUGUUACUCUUUAAAGUUAAUCAGAUGCAUGUCUAACCUCCCGCCACCGGGGGAGCUGUGGGGAGAGAGACUAAUCUCCCCCCACCAGGGGAGCUGUGGGGGGAGAGACUAACCUCCCCCCACCAGGGGAGCUGUGGGGAGAGAGACUAACCUCCCGCCACCAGGGGAGCUGUGGGGAGAGAGACUGACCUCCCCUCACCGGGGGAGCUGUGGGGAGGGGAAAGAGCUGGAGGAACUGGGCCUGACGCCAUACACGCCUCAGGACCAAUGGGAACACUCGCUGAGGUGCAUGCGACCAAUCAAAUUUGAUUUAAAGACUUAUGAUCGGACAGAUCUGAAUCUGACUAAUCUGCGAACCCGAUGAUGGGACGCCAUGGAGGUAUAACCAAUCAAACGAUAGGACCAAUGAGCUGUCGUUAUAAAAGUAAUUUUAAUGGAUUUCAUGCUCAUCAAUCAAAUGUUAUUUAAACCUAACCCACCAAUCAUCAUAUGGCAUUAUAGGGAAGUAGCAUCGAGAUAUUAACCAACCAUACAACGGACAAGAUAUUUUCAGUAACAACCAAUCGGAUUCUUUGGCAAAGACAAGGACUUCCGAAAAGAUAACUGAUUUUAAAAAACAUCCAGGUAUUUUUGAAACAAUGCAAGAAGACGAGGAGGGAAAUAAACAAACACAACGUGACGUUUUUACAGAUAUGAGCUAGAAACACUCGGAAUACAAGGUCCAUGCUAGAAUCAGUGCCAACAUAUUCCAGCAUUUUCUAAUGAAAAAUGAUACUUUUUCUGUCUUUUUGCCUUCUCUAGCUAAGUUCUGGUAACCUUCCCAAAACUACAAGGUUUUUCAGAAAUCCUGGUUGGAGUAUUCCCGGAUUUCCUACCUAUUCCGGGAAUCUUCUUAACGGGAUUUCUGAAAAACCUGGGGAUUUUGCGAAAGUUAAGGGGAAAUGUGCAACCCUAGCCGAGACUGUACAUAGUGUAUCUAUGUUUAGACUGGCAGUGUUACAGCACUGUCAUCCAUUCAUUAAGACCAUUACAUAUUACUCUACCGUGCAGAAGACCAGUCACUUCAUUCAACUGAUUAUAUGGAUAUCUAUUCUACAACACACAAUGUAGUGAAACACACACACACACACACACACACACACGACUGCACACACACACACUCAGUGAAACCAUACACACACGACAUAGAUGUGCGACAUACACCCACACCCACAAGCGUACACUGUAGCUAUACAAAAUCAACCCAAAAUGCAGAAGGAUAUACGUUCCCACACACACACACACACACACACACACACACACACACACACACACACACACACACACACAUAAUGUGUCUACAUGCUUUUAAACAUACUUGAACAUAUAACAUGUUGCCUCUGAAAACUAGCUUUUUGCCUGCUUCCCUCCCCCUCCUCUUCAACCCCCUGAUGUAAACAAGUAUUUAAAUAAGUAUUCAUCUUUCAAGACAUUAAAGGGAUGUUUUGGUCUAUG